UUUUUUAAAUUUCCCCUUCGUGUGUGUGCGUGUGGAAAUAAAAAAAAUCGGCCACUGUUCCGGAUAGAUGGAGCAACCGUUAAGGAGUUGUUCACCGUCUCUGGCACGGACUGUCUGAUGAUUGAAGAGAAAAUAAAAGAGACAAAUCAAAUAAUCCCGAAAGAAAAAAAAAAUAAAUAAAAAUAAAAACUAAACAAGAGAAAUUACAAACAAGAAAGAAGGAUGGCGUCAUCGGUCAGCAGCAACGGCGGCGGCAAUAACGUCAUGAUCAGGAGCAAAGCCGAUUCGAUUGGAGUCGCCGGAGGAGGUCACACGACAGCGAUGGAUGAACGCAAUACACAAACAGUCGUCGCGAGCAACGCGACAACGGCCAUGAUGGCCACACUGGCGGCCGGGCCGGAAAAGGCGGCUGCAACGGCCGAUGAUUCGGCCAUUUCCUUCAGCGAAGAAGAAGAGGAGGAAGAUGAAGAAGAAGACGAAGAGGAAGAAGACGACGAUGACGAAGAAGGUGAAAUCGACGACCAAGAUGAAGAUGACAACCGUCGGCAACAAUCUUCGCCCGGCACGGCCUCUUCGGCCGCCGCCUUCAACGCAGCCGCAGCGGCCGCCGCUUUCCAGCGUCAACUGCUGGCCAAUUUCCCGAUGUUUCAUCACGCGACGGACGGAUCGAGUAAACUGGAAAACGACCCAUCAAACCCGUCGGCAGCCAUGCGAGCCACAUCGUCGCCCAUCGAACACAACGGCCCCAAUCCGUUCGAGUCGUACAUGGCGGCCGCAGCGGCCGCCGCUGCGGCCAACGCCGAGGCGCUCUUCCGGCACCAGCGGCAACUGCACAACAAUUCGGCGAACAGCGCCAGGCUCAGCGAGAAACGGACGGCCCACGACAGCGGGACGGACGAUAACGACGUGUCCAUCGGAGGUGGCAAAGGUGCCGAUGGGUCCGGGAGCGGCCAAACCAAUCACCAGCAAUUGCCGAGCAACAAGCGCCGCAAGCAAUCGAAACCUGUGCGCAUCAGCAGCGACGAAACGCAAGGCCCCAACGACGAAAACGCGGCCAUGACGGCCUUCCUGGCCGCCCAGACGGCCGCCGCCGCGGCCGCUUUGUUUCAUCAGAACAAUCCGAACGCGUCCAGCGAGGAAGAGGAAGAAGAAGAGGGCGCCCUCUUGCAUCCCAAUUCGAGCGCAGCGUCCAGCGCCAAGCGCAUCAACGGCCAGUAUCAGCAGCAAAUGAUGGACUGGGCCCGAUCGGCUCACUCGGUCGUGGCCGGCAGCAACGAGGGCGAACAAGAAGAAGGUCAAAUUAUCCGCACUUCUUCCGGAUUGGCCUUCGGACCCAUCUUCGAUCAACAACUGGCCAAUCGUUUGCUGAUGGCCGGCCCCAAUUCUUCCUCUUCGGCCGCUCGCAAUUUCGCCGAACUGUUCGCUUCCGGCGGAGGCCCCAACGGCAAAGGAUUUCCCAUCCCUGCGGCCGCUUACGGCGCCAAUUGGAACCAACAGCAGCAGCAGAUGAUGAUGAACAUCAUGUCGAUGAACCGAAACGGCGCCAUGCUGGACGACGGCGAGCUGAGCCGCGGCAGCAGCCACUGUUCCGGAUCGCCGACCGGCGGAUUGGCGGCAGGCGGAAACCACUCGACGUCCGAUGCGAAACGGAACGACGAGAACGGCGAACGAUCCCAUGCCGAUUCGCCGUUCGCCUUGCGCCACAUGUUCAAAUACGGAUCGACGUCCGGCGCAUUCUUCCCGCCCGGCGGACCUUCCAUCUCAUCCGCACACAAUCCGUUCCUCUUUCCAUUCCUGUCCUCGUCUUCGGCCGGCAAUUCCCCGCUGGCCAAUCAGUCGAUGGGAAGGGGAGGGCUGGUGGGGUCUCCCGGCGGCCUGGGCGGAAGCAUCCGCAUCUUCAAUCCGGACGCCUACUGCGAGCUGUGCAACAAAGAGUUUUGCAACAAAUACUUCCUCAAGACGCACAAGGCCAACAAGCACGGCAUCUUCGUCGACAACGUCCCGACGACCAGCGGCGGCGGAGGGACUCCAUCCGUCACGCCGGAUGGCCGAAUAACGUGCCCGACUUCGAUUGCGACGACGCCGACCGCCAGCAGCGUCCACCAGCCGCUUCCGUUCUCCGUGUCGAGCUCUCCGUUUGGCCCGCCGUCCUUGUCUCUGACGGUCGGCGCCAUGACGUACCCGAUGCAUCCGCCGUCGACGGAAUUGGCCGGCAUGGACGCGAUCAGCUAUUCGCCCGUGGCCACAACGUCGUCGUCUUCGCCGUCGAAAUCAAUUUAUCCGAGCGUCGGAGCGUCGUCGACGUCGGCCGCGACGCUCUCGACGACGGCCACGACUACCAUCCCAUCGCUGGCGCCCAUAACGACGCCAACGAGCGGAAUGAGCGGAAUGAGCGGAGGCGCCGGACUGAUGGACUUCUUCCCGAUGUGGCCGUCGCAAACAACGACGCCUCCCGUGACGAGCGUCAACAGCACGAUGGUGACGUCGUCGAUGAUGCCCUCCUUGUCGACGUCGAGUGGCAAACCGCCACACCUGCCCGGCAUCGUCAAUCCGGAAGCGUAUUGCGACCUGUGCCAGAAGGAGUUUUGCAACAAGUAUUUCCUCAAGAGACACAAGGCCAAAAUGCACGGCAUCGUUCCGCCCGAAGGAUCGACGGCUCCUUCCGGGGCUUCGGCCCCAUCGUCCGGCGGAGGUGGGUCUUCGUCUCACAAGAGAAGCAGAUCUCAUUCGUCCAAAGCGGCCUCGUCGGCCGCUGUUGAUCUCAUCAAAAUCCCGCUGACUCCGGCCGUCGGUCCCGUCACCUCUCCGGCCAGGAGUUUCAACCUGUCGGCAGGCGGAAGCGAGACGGUUUUGGAACACAUCCAUCCGCCGUCGACGUCCGGCGAAGAUCCAAACGCCCCGACGCCUUUCAAUUUAAUGAUGCAAAGCGGAGGUGGUGGUGGGCCGGCCAGCGCUAACAAUAACGAAACUGGUGCGAGCGCAGCUGUUUCGACAUCCAGCGCUUCCGCUAAAAUGGAUUCCAACAGCAGCGCUGGGCAGCAGCGCCAGGACGGCCACAGUUUGUCGUUGCUGAAAAUUCCGACGCCGUCGCUGUCCGCCAUGUUUUCAUCACCACCCAUGGAUGGCCAUCCGGCCCGCGUUCAUCAUUCCAAAACGCCUUGUUCGUCGUCUUCCGGAGGCGCUAACGCGGUAGCACCUCCGCCGCAGCAAAUGUUUACACCUGAGCGUCUCCGCCAGAUGGGCGUCAUCAACACGGAAGCCUUUUGCGAGAUUUGCUGCAAGGAAUUUUGCAACAAAUAUUUUUUGCGGACGCACAAGUACAAGAAGCACGGGAUUGGGUCCAUGCCGGAACAGCCGCAACAAUCUCAACAACAGCCAUCCAAUCCAUCCGCAUCGUCGGAAUCAUCGACGGGCAUGGUCCGCCAACAUCAUUACAACAACAACAAUAAUAACAAUAAUAAAAGAGGCGGACCGAGCCCAACCGGAUCGGCCAAACAAGCGAACGACAUCCACGCGGAACAGAAGACGCCCUUGAAUUUGGUAUCCACUCCGCCCGUCACGACGCCAACAACAACAACAACGCCAACAACAAAUGGGGGUCAAGCGGACGGUGGAAUGCCGCUGACUUGCGAUCUCUGCCAGAGGCCGUUCCAGUCGGCUUACCUGUUGCACAUGCACCGCACCUACUUCCACAAUCAGCCGCCACCUGCGGCGGAUGAAUCGAUCCACGAAAACGACACGUCCGUCACCGGAAUGGACGAAGACACUCCGUCGGACAACGAGGAAGAGGAACAGCAUUUCAAUAACUCACCGAGGCCGGCGUCGGUGGCCGUCAAAUCAGAGCCGGAAGGCCGGAAUGCGGAUGAAGAUCGACCCGUUUCGACGGGCGGAGGAGAAGCCAACAAUUCAUCCGGCGGGAUCACCAUCAGCGCAGACUUGCAGAAACUCCAGUCGAUGAUCAUGGAAUUGAACGGAUCUCCAUCGGCGGCUGCGGCCGCGGCCGCUUCCAUGGUCAACGAAGGCGACCGGAGGCGUUGCUGGACGGACGGACCUGUGAAAAACGCGAGUAAUAACAUCAUCCAGCCGAAUUCCGCUGGCAAUAACGAGCCGGGCAAUCAUUACAUUAGCGGCAGCGGUGGCGGCAUCGUCAAGAUCGUCAAUCCGGCGUCCAGCGAUCCGUCCGAUUUGACCUCAUCAUCGUCCAGCAUUUGCCACCUGUGCGGAAAUAAAGAUUUCUUGACGCCAUCCUUCCUACAAAUUCACAUGCAAAAUUACCACGGCAUCAAUGCCGGCGGAGGAGUGGAUCCAUCGGCGGCCGCCAUGGAAGCGGCCGUCGCCGCGGCCGCUUCCCAACUGGGUCUGGAUCGUUUGCUCGAUUUCGGGCCUCCCCCCGCACCUUCGUCCACAUCCGGACAUCAUCACCAUCACGGGGGCAAACGUUCCGGCGGAGGCCGUUCCACGUCGUCGGCGUCGCCGGCGGCAAAUCGCAGCUUCUGCCAGAUCUGCAACAAGGAACUCUGCAACAAGUAUUUCAUGAAGACGCACAUGCUGAAGAUGCACGGGAUUCACCUGGAGGCCAGCGGCGGCGGCGCCCAAAUCGGCGGCGUCCAGUGCGACAUUUGCCAUAAAGAACUCUGCUCCAAAUACUUUCUCAAAGUCCACAAACAAAAUACUCACGGCAUCGGAUUCACCGACCACGAAAUGUUACCCAACGGCCUGAGCGGCACCAUGUUGAAGGAGGCGCAGCAUCCGGCCGUCAUGGAUCUCUCCUUCCACCAGCAGCAAAUGCAACACGCCGAUGGAUCAAACAGUCCGAGCAAAUCGUCGGCCGUCAGCGAAUGCUGUCCUUUGUGUCCCAAGAAAUUCAAGAGCACAAAGGCCCUGAAGGCGCAUUUGAAUCACGAUCAUUCCGGCUCUUCCGGCACGUCGUCCGCAACGGCCUGCUGCUACAUUUGCAAUCAACAGUUUGGCGACGUCGUGGCGCUUCAAGUUCACCUGAUCAAGAGUCACGCAUCUCAUUUGAUGGAUCACCAGACUCCGCCGCCGCAAGUUCCAGCCUCCGGUGCGGCCACCACGUCCGGCAACAACGAGCAGACCAAUCAGGGCUGUUUGUUAUCGUCCCCAUCGCCAAAGACUUCGCCAACGUCGUUCCAGCGUUCGAAUUAUUGCGACUUCAGCGCCGCAUCGACGCCGGCCUAUUUGUUCGCCAACGAACGGCCAGGACAGGUGGCGGACGGAUGUCCUCCGAUGCCGGGUCUCGUUCCAGCGUCCAACACUGCCAAUUCUCGGCCAUCCAGCGCCGUCGGAAGACGAUCAUCGCCUCCUGCCAAUCAGCAAAAGAUUCAAUGUCCGCUCUGCGGCCAGCAAUUGCCGCUGGAACAGUUCCAGACUCACCUGAUGGCCCACCAGUUGCCCAUCAAUUUCCUGCACACUCUGAUGCCUCCGUCGGCUUCGGCUGGAACAACGGCGCCAGCCUCUCACGCCGACGAAGAGCAGGACGAUCUGGCCGUCGUCAAUCAACAGCAAGGCCAGGCGAAACGGAGGCCAGCUGGACGUCGUCGACGUCGUUACCGAUGUUCCGUCUGCAGCCGGAAAUUCGCCACGCGUCAGCUCUGCCUCACUCACAUCUUGCAACGCCAUCCGCCUUCGAUGCGGAGCCACAACUGCACGGCCAGCAAAGGCAGCGCGUUCGGCUUGUCCUCCCCGACUUCGCCCGCCUCUUGCCAGACGGUCCAGUCUCAGCAACGGACGUUAACUUGUCCCCGUUGCGGCUACGCGACCCGCCAGCCGCAGUUGCUCCGGCUCCACUUGCGGACGCAGCAGUGCAUUCCGGUCGUGGCGCGCAAUCCGGACCUGCAACAGCUGCCUCCUUACCUGGCCGUGCCCACUUCGACGGCCAGCGUGGGCAACGCUGUAGGCCACCCGUCGCGUCUGGCGGCCAUCGUCAACAACAAACAGGGACUGGGCGUGCAGAGCGUGCAGGGCCAGCACGCCCAUCGUCAGGAUUUCGUCCUGCAGGCGUUCCUGCUGACCCAGCCGGACGCGGACAAAUCGUCCAAGAGCCGACGGUCAGCCGAGAGCAAUCAGGAUCAAGCCAACGGACAUUACGAUCACGACGAUUCGGUCAGCGAUCGUUUGGCCAGCAAAUCAAACGGCAAUCGCGUGAGCCAAGAGUCCGGCAAACAGACGUCGGACGAUCAACAGGACGGCCCGGCGACGGCCAAUAACCAAGGAGACAACGGCGAACAAGACGAGCAGGAAGAAGGUCAGAAUCAGAGUUGCAAUUUCAUCCCGUCGUUGAUUCUGUUGCCCGUCAAUCGACGCAUUGCCAAUCCGCUUUCCUUGACGUUUAGCCUCACACCUGCUUAAAAAAAAAAUAUGGGGCGAAAAAAGAAAAACAAAAGAAGGUCGUUAUUAUUUUUCGAUUUAUUUCUCUUUUUUAUCCCGCAAGAUUUGAAUUUCGUUUCUAGUCCCGUGUCAUUUGUUUUUCUCUUUUUUUUUUUUUUUUUUUUUUUGGUGUUGCAUUUUGAUUUGUCCCUUUCGUAAACAUCCGGCGGUAAAAUAGCUCUUUUUAAUUUCAAGUCAAUUCUUUUAACUUAAAAAAAAAAAUAUUGUUUUUUGGACGGAGUUUAAAUAAUGAAAUUUAAAAAGAGUCUAGUCAGCCGCUGGAUUAGAAGGACAACUACACGUGAGGAAAUUGAUUUCUCUCCAUUACAACACAAAAACACAGGGUCUUUUCAAAAAAUAAAAAAACAAAAAUUCGUUGUUAUAAUAACAAAAAUUAAAAAAAAAAAAAAAACACAAAAAAAAAGAUGGGGGAAUUUUGAAUUCAAAAAGAAAAGAAAUGAUUUGUCUUGGCAUUUUUUUUUUUUUAAAUUGCCACUGCAACAACUGCAAACUAUAAUCAAAUACCGGGGCCUCGCUUAUGUCUCUCUUUAAUAUCUUACAUAAAAGAAAUUUUCUUUUUUUUUUUCUCUUUUCAAAUGUUUUUUUUUUUUUUCGAGUAUGUCUUGAUUGAAUUUUAGUCUGAAUGAGAUCGUGAAUUUUUCACUUCAAAUGAAUUUUGUACGUUUUAAUUUUUUUUUUUGGGAAUGUUUCGUUUGGUGUGUGUCGAUUAGUUGUCGGUAUUUAAAAGUGACCCUUCGUUCGCGUGACGUCCCCCCCCCCUUCCACCCCAAUAAAAAAAAACAAAAAACUAUUGCUGAUGGAUGUCGCGCACACACCUCCACCCACUUUUGCUGUCGUCUUCCUGUGUCGUGUUGUUUUUCUUUUUUGUUGGUUACUUGUAAAGAACAAUUUCGGGACACCACAAAAACGCGGACGUGUAAAAACGAACAUGUUGCGGGAAAAAGUUUAAACUGCCGGGAACGACGCCAAACAUUCAGGGAUCAUUUAUUAUUAAUUUGUUUUUAAACGUGAAUGAUCGCAUUUCUUUUUCUUUUUUUUUCAGUUUAAUAUGUAAAAAAAAAUAACAUUCCAGAAAUUUAAAAUUCAGCCAUUCCAUACAAAAUGUAGCGCAUUCCAAUUUAUCCUAGUCGAAUAUCAUUUGUUCAGUUUCUUAAGUUCAUUUGAAUUCAUUUUUCGAUUAUUUUUGGACAAGGAAAAAGAAAAACUAAUUGUCUCUUUUUGUUGCACGUUCAACGUCGUGUGUUAUCGAUUUUGUUUUGUUUUUUUCUUUCUUUCUUUAGUUCCUCGUCUUAGUGUGUUAUGUCCGUGUGUGUCUGUGUGUGUAUGGCAAUUAAUAUAAUUGAUUUAGACCUGGUUUGCUUUGUGUUUCUUUUUGUUUAUCCCCACAUUUUUUUUCUUAUUUAAAUUUGUUUUUCAUAUAUUUUAUCCCAUUCCUUUUAUUUAUUUUUUUUUUUUACAUCCAUUCCCGGAAAAAAAAUUUGGACGUCCAGCGCUACUGCCCAUUUUCUGUUGUUCCAACAGAUUUAUUAUUUUAAAAAAAAAGAUAUGACGAACAUCAGCUAAAAAAAAAACAUCGACUUUUUUCUCCUUUUAGCGACAAGAAAACAUAACGUGAGAUACAUAAAAAAAAAAAAAAAAAAAAAAAUGGGGGGGAGAAAGAUUGACCUUCCGUGCGGUUCAAAUGCCCCGCCCUUGUUUGCCCAGAAAAAAAAAAGCGGAUAGUCGAUUGUCAUCAAUUUUUGAAGAGCGUUUCGCGAAGACGCAAGAAAAGCUCCUAUCAAACAGAAGUACACUAAGCAAUGCAUUGUCCUAGUCUCUCUUUUUCUAAGAAACCAAAUAUUAUUUCGUGAUUACGAGGCUAACCACUUCACCUUUUCGUAUUUUAAAGAAUACAAAAAAUUCGGCUUUCUUUUAAUGACGAAAAAAAAAAAAAUUUUAAGUUCUAUCCAAUCGAAAAAGAAUAGAGAGUUAUGUGUAGUACAAUAUUUCAGGCUCCACCCCAUUCUUGUUAGUCCCGCGCUCUGGCGUCCCGAACGUCCGAAUCAAUAAUAGCUUCUUUCUUUCUCUCUCUCUCUCUCUCUCUCCCCCCCUCUCUUGUUUUUCAACUGGGUGGAGAGGGGGGGGAGAGAGAGAGACAAGAAAUAGAAGAACUCGAAAAAGUGGAUGAAAGUGAAAAUAGAAGAGAGAAAGACAAAAAUACAAGAGAAAAAAAAAAAAAAAAAAAAAAGAGGGGGGACUUUGACGCGCCCUCCCACCCAACUUGAUUCGAUUCCUUUUGAUUAAAGACUCCUCCGCCAUCACUUUUUCCCCCUCCUUUUUUUUUUAUCUCCAUCCAUCUCUUUCUGUCUUAUAUUACGUAUUGUACACAGAGUAACACACGUACAUUCAGAGAAGAUAUAAAUACCCAAGUUUUUCAUGACUCCAACUGCGCUAAAAAAGGAGAAAGAAGCUGAAGCAGCGCAUACACAAUGCGUCAGAUGGAAAAAAAAAAACGGGCCGACUAAGCGAAAAAAAACAAAAGAGCCAAUCCAAAAACAGGACAAACAGAAAAGGAGUAGCAAUAAAAGUUGCCACAUCAAAAACGUUCUUGAUGUCUAUUUAGGAAAGCCAAACAUUCAGAUUUACUCGUGAACAAAUUGAGUCACUAAUAAAAUCAAAUGUAAGCGACAUCCUCUACAAAAUGAAACGAAAGGUUCUAAAUGACCCCAACAGCAGCUACAACACACAUCAAACAAGUCUACAAUUAAUAAGUUUGGCGGUGCUGUAUUCAUUUUUCUUUACUAGCGGAACAUGAACCGGCAAACGUAAAGUGCUAGACUGUAAAAAAACAAAACAAAUCUAAACUUGUGUUUGUAAGACGAUAGCAAAGAGACCUUUAAAGGGCAUUUGAAAAGGCUGACCACCUGCUGCCCCGGUUGAAACUCUUUAGCAUUCACACGACGAGCUUUGUUUUCAUGGUUUUAUAGAAUCGAUUGAUUUUGUUGGAUAAAAACAAGUUCAUUAUUUUGAUUUUUAAAAAAUUCAACUUUCCCGAACGAAAUUCAAUUCAAUUGGACUCCCGCGUAUUUAUCCUGCUCGGAAAAAAAAAAAAGAAUGUAGAAAAUAAUGGCAAAGAGGCAAACGUCAUAGCGGGGGGGAUGAUUGUUGUUCAACCCUCUGUUCUUUUUCUUGCGACGCCAGUGGAACGCAAUAAGAGAUGGGGGGGGGGGGGACGUGAUGAGAAAAGAGGGUGGACUGCGACGGCGCCAAAUAUAAGGGUCGAUUGAUAUUUUUCCAAUUGCUCAGCGUCCAAAACAAGACUUUCCCCCUACUGAUAUUUACAGCAGUUAAUAUGUCUAGUCAAUCAUUUAAAAAAUAAAACGAUAUGGGCUUAUUUCCAUCGCAGGCAAGAGGUAAUUCAAUUCGGAAGUACUGGCCAUCAUGUACCGCGACGCCUACCGACGUCCCUUUUCCUUCGUCCUUUUCCUUUUAUGUUUCUUAUUUCCUACAUGUUUACGCUUUUCUCGAAAUUUUCAGUUUUUGAAUUAUUUUUUUUUAAAUUGCAUGAUUUUAAAUGGUUUCUUAACAUAAUGGCGUCGUCCGGCAAUUUUCAAUUGAUUAAAAAAAAAAAAAAGCAAUGACGGGACACGGAGAUGGCGAUUUGGUGGAUUUCCCUCAUCUACGUUUAUGAAAUGUUACAAUUUACGUUGAUUGUAUAGCACGUAGCAAAACAAAAAACAAAAUGCUUUGUGUUUUUGGGAUUGAUUCGUUUUGAAAAUCUCAGCACACGCGGCAAACUACACGAAAAUCAAAAUGGUCGAGUCCUUAAAAGAGUUUUGAACAAUGUUUUAAUGAAUAAUUCUUUUACGUGUGUCUUUUGUGCGUGUAAAUCGUGUCGUCGUAAUACUCGAACGUAAUAAUUCAAAAACCCAAUUUCGAGAACAUGAAAAUAUUCCCCCGUAAUUACAUGCGACCUAAAGAAAAACCGUGAAUAAUAGGCGAGUAAUCGUCUCUAACAGAAAAAUCAAAAUUGAUCGUGGCUUUCUUAUCAAACAAUUUCUUGUUCCCCACAGUUUUUUUUUUCGUGUUUUGAUUUUUCCCAUGCAAAUUGUCGUGUCCCCCUGUUUUUUUUUCGUAUUCAAAUUUGAAUUGUGCUAUUUAUAUCACGUGACGCAAAGGUAUCAAUAAGGAGCAGAGAAAACAAAAAAAAAAAAAAAUUGGAAAAACCUGAAAGAUGUGGACUUUAAAUGUCGUCAUUCGUCGUAUUUCGUCUUGUUUUGAUCCACCCCCAAAAAUCGAGAAUGUCCAUUUUGAAUUACAAUCGAUGUGAAAUUUCAUUUGCAACUUCCCUUUUGUUUUUAAAAAUUUUUUAAAGUUCCUAAACGAUGCCAACAAAAGACAAAUAAGUUCCUAUGGACGAGGCUUUAAAAAGAGCAACGGUCAAGUUCCUACAAUGAUUCAUCACCAUGUCGUUCAUCCCCAUUUUCCAAAACAUUCAACGUCUUGUCCCGCAUUUCCAAAUCUGUUCACGCCGUUCGACUCGAAAAAAAUUCCUUGUGUGUAUGUGUGAGUGUGUAAAUGAGCGCCCCCUGAUGGAACAUUUCUUCCUCUCACUACCUUCACUCAGUCUAUCCCCUCCCCCCCAAGAAAUAAAAAAAAAAAAUAAAAUCUCCCGCCGUUUCUAAUUUGAAUCCUGUGAAUUUUCUUUGUUUAAAAUUCAAUUUUAUGUUUGAAAUCUCAUUUUGGAUUC